CGGAUUGAAGCGACAAGACAAUAUCACUGCGCUCCUCGACCUCCUAGAGAAUCGAGACUUCUAUUCUCGCUUGUAUUCUUUACAGUUGAUGUUCCAAAUCUCGAGUGCACGACCAGAAAGAACGCAGGAAUGUAUUCUCACUGCCCCGCUGGGUAUCCCAAGGCUAGUCAGUGCGCUGGGAGAUGCUCGAGAGCCGGUGCGCAAUGAAGCCUUGAUCCUCCUUAUCGCUCUGACUCCGGCCUCGGAAGAGUUCCAAAAGCUCGUCGCCUUUGAGAAUGCGUUUGAACUCAUCUUCACCUUGAUAGAGGCAGAAGGCGCUUUGAGACACGGGUCGGAGGUGGUUGAAGACUGCCUUUCCUUACUUGCAAACCUCCUGAGGCUUAACAUCUCUAACCAGUCAUACUUCCGGGAGAUGGGUUGCGUGAAGCGGUUAGCGAAGCUUCUGACAGAUGCCAAUCAAGAACAGGAGUCUGAGGAGCCCACUCCGCAGUGGGCUCUCGCACAUCGUGAUAAGAAUCUCUGGGGUCUCUUAGUUAUCAUCCAGCUUUUCCUCAUCAAAGGUGGAAUCAACACCCCUGCCAAUCAGAUGGCAUUCUGGAACAAUGGUGUUAUGGAACAAGUUCUAAACACGGCCUUUGGUCAAAGGUUCAAUGUCAAUGUUACAUCCAAAGUAGGUGACAUUGAGCAAUACCGUGGAACUACAGCUGACCAGUUCAGGCACUGGCGACCUGUGCCGACCUGAUUCGUGGAAAUAAACCACUGCAAGAGAGAUUCGGUGACGUCGAAGUCAUCUGGGGCCCAAAUCCUGUCCAGAAUGCAGCCAACGGCGACACGGCACCUAAGGACCUCCAUCGGAUAAACGUGAUCGAAGCACUACUGAAGCUUACACUUGAGCCUGCCCCGGUAUCACUCCUGGAUGCCC